AUGGAAGAGGAUGCGUUACCCACAAGAUGGGAAAUAGAACUUGAGUUUGUGCAAUCAUUGGCAAACAUUCAAUAUUUGAAUCAUCUUGCACAAAAUAACUAUUUACAAGAUCCGCAAUUUUUAAAAUAUUUAGAGUAUUUAAACUAUUGGAGAGAACCUCAAUUUGCCAAACAUUUAGUAUAUCCAAAUUGUUUACAUGUGCUAACAUUGUUACAGAAUGAAGAUUUCAGAAAGAAUAUCAUCAGCCCUGAGUUCAUGAGCACGGUUAUGAAUGAUAUGGUGAGAAGAUGGCAGGAUACAGAAAAUGUUAUUGAUACAAGUCCUACUGAACCUGCCAUAAAGGAUAAUUUACCAUCUGUUAAUUCAUCUUAA